AUGUCCUCUAUUUUCGGUUCCAGUACCCGUUCAGACAACAGGUUCUCGAACUUGAUGGUCAACGUACCACAGCAGCAAUUACAGCAACAACAGUCAAGUUCAGCCUUUCCACAUCAACAACCAGUUCAUGUUCCAGCGCUGGGUGCAGGAAGCGGUAGUCAAAGUUUUGAGCAAAACCCAGAAGCAUCCAAGUCGUCGUGGUUUAACAACCCACGGAAACGUACAAUUCCACAAUCUAUUGUGAAGCGGUCCACUAAAUCAGAACCAUCAGAAUCCGCAGGUGAACAAGGGAACUCUGCAACAAUACCAACAAACGGAAGUGGAUUUGGAGCCGUGACUUUUGGCACUAGACGAUCCAACGGCGAAUACAAUAACACUAAUAAAAAAACUCACGAACUCAGAGAUUCUUUACCCAAUGCAAUUCUGAUAGACUCCAACGAGGCUCCCCCAACAAAAUCGCUAUAUGACUGGCAACGAGAAGACGAAUUCGGAUCCAUGUUGCCGGCUCAACAUUCCGAUGUGCCAUUCAACAGCCAGUCCCUAGGGCCAUCUAAAAAAAUCUCCGACGCUUCUGCUCUUCCUAACGUCUUCGAUAAGACUCCACAAGCUGAGCCAUCGAAGCAGUUCAAUGGUUCGGCAAAUGGCACGGGAGUAGCAGACGCUACAAAGCGCGGCGAGAGCGCUGUGAUAGUUUUUGGAUACCCCGAAUCAAUCUUCAACCAGAUUAUCAUUCAAUUUUCCAAGUUUGGAACAAUUCUCGAAGAUUUUGAAGUAUUGAGAGGCGCUUCAGGGAUCAAUGCAGCUACAUUGAGACUACGCAACAAACACGCAAGUGACGGCGGUAACCGCCGCAAAUAUCCAAUAUUCACUGGCGAUGGCUGGAUCAAGCUCACUUAUGAUUCGGCUGCUUCGGCACUGCGCGCCCUGCAAGAGAACGGUGUUGUUUAUGGAGGGUGCCUAAUUGGUUGUGUGCCAUACACCAAAAGUGCAGUGGAACAGCUAGCAUCUUGCACAAUCGAGAAAAGUGAUGAUGUUGGAAGUUUCAGUCCUGCUGCACAUGCUGUACCGAACGCCGGUGUAAACAGUAUUCAAAUAGGGGGUGACACACCAGGGAAACUGCAUGACGCUCACGAUAGUAAUGCUUUCUAUUUGAAAUCUCAAAGGCUAGACAUGAAAGAUGGGAAAGGUCUUUUUGUUAAUAAUGGAACAAACCCGACUCAGGGCAAAAACUUUUUGCAGACCAUCGAAACCAAAAUACAGGAGGAUCAGCAAGAGCGGUCCAAGGGCUCUAACGGAGUCGUGGCCAAGGUCAAUAACUGGCUUUUCGGCUGGAAUGACUUAUAG